AUGCCCUUGUACGCAUCUUAUUUUCAAGAUCCAUUCGUCUCGAUUCCGCAGUCGUCUACUGGCUCAUCCUGUUCUCAUGAAGGAAAAUUGUUCACAGAUUUGCACGACAAGUUAGUUCAGCCGAAUGAACCGUUGCCCGAAGUCAUCAAUGUGCGUCCUUCAUCUUUGAUACAGGAGUUUGAAACUGAAUGGAUACCACCCAAAAACGAUAUUGUGCGAUAUUUUGCAAAUAAGCCCUCCGUGGCUUCGAACACUGGAUACAGUAUCGAUUUUGAUUCUGACGAUGAAGCCGAAUAUAGCGCGGUCAGCACGGUAGGUCACGAGAGUGAUGAAAAUACAAACCCGAAGUCAUUCGCUUGGCAGCUGCUCCGUCUUGCGCUCGUUGAACACCAGAUCUUCAGAAUACGGCAAUUCUUGUCUAUUGCAGGAUUUGAUUCCAAUGGUAAGGUAUAUCAUCAAUGA